CUGGUUGCUACGUGUACGAGCGAUGGAGUCUUCUCCACAGAACAUUUUUGAAACUGACUCUGUAAUGAAAGCGAGAGCUGUGAUUAAAGAAGAGGCAAGCAAGAAGAUCCAGCGCUGCUGGUGCAGCUACAGAGACAGACAGUUGUUCAAAAUGCUGAAAUCCGCUGUCUGUGUAGCGGAACAGUCUCUCAGUUGUGAAGUCUUGAAAAGAGUUUGUCCUGCUGAAUUUGAUUUGCUUAAAGAUCCUGCCAUGAAUACAAAGAUUAAGUUCAGGUUUGGCGGCCAAAACUUUCCUCCCAUUGUUUUGUUCAAGAUAUUUGUUGGUGGUGAUGGGACAGGCAUUCACUAUAUGACCGGUAAGAGGCUAAUAGAACCAGCAUCCGAGGCAGCUGAAGACGCACGUCGUAUGAUGGGAAACAGAAAAUUCUUUGAUCAAAUGUUAUUGGAUACCAUUCAGCAACAAAGACCAGGAGGAGGCGAUGAAGCUGAAAUUACUACAGUAAAAGACUACAUGCAGGUAUUGAGCCAUGUCGAUGAAAGUCCAGCAUCUUUGGGAGGAAAAGCAAACAUGUGGCGAAAGUUGACAUUAGACAGUCUCCCACGACAGACAAUAAUGUAUGAUGUAGUCGAGUAUCUAAGUAGCAGAGUACAGUCAAGCCGUUUACAGAAAGAAAUGCAUUCACUCAUUUCGUCAAGAUCUCCUUCAAGGAAACAGCAAACUAAUCAAAUCAGGGCUCAUUCAAAUAGCGGCAUAACAUCUGCUAAAGUGUCAAGAAAUUUGGGUGGUCUUCAUAAUAGCUCCGGCCGUGGAUCAAGGCAAGCAAGACACAGAGUACUGCAAAUGAGGAAACUGUAUGAAGAGUUUGCAAGGGAGGACACUUGUAGUCCUGCAGUUGUGCCAUUCGCUAUCGAUCAGGUAGAACAACUGUCUGAAAAAGACCUGGAAGAACAGGCCGAUCAAUUGUAUGAAUGGACACAGGAUCUAAAUAUCGAUAGUGUAGACUAACAACUUAAUAGGCAUUAAUCUGUAGUCCUGGAUUCUAUUUUAGUAAUUUCUUGUACUGGUACAUAACGACUUUUGUACAUGAUCAAGCAGUUGGUGAUGUUGUCACAAUGUCAUGGAUACUCUAAUAAUCACAUGUUGUGAUGAGUUGUGCAUGUGUCAGGCUGUCAG